GUAAAAGGUUAACUCAUGGGUUUGGAAUCAAGCGGGCUGAAAAACUGAGGCACACUAGCUUUUGUCCAGAUUCACCUGUUCCGUUGAUAAUUGAUUUGCAGAUAAAUAAUCUAAUUGCACGUCUAACGCAUAUAUAAGGUAUUAUAUGUAAGGUAACAAAACGAAAUUUGUUAUUCGGCGCACUUAAAUCGAGUGUAUCUGGUGAUAGUUCACCCUCAGAUAAGUUAGACGGCUAAGCUAACAAAGUUUUCACUGUUGUGCAGUUUGACCUGAUCACGCAUCUAAAACAAACAGAUUACAUUGUUUUGUUGCAUCUCAUUUAAGUGUAUAUUAAGUGUAAUGGCUGAGAGACCAGAGGACCUCAAUCUUCCCAAUGCUGUCAUCACGCGGAUUAUAAAAGAGGCAUUGCCAGACGGAGUAAACGUGUCCAAGGAGGCAAGAAGAGCGAUUUCUCAAGCAGCUAGUGUUUUCGUUCUCUACGCAACAUCUUGUGCAAACAAUUUUGCUAUGAAAGCAAAAAGGAAAACACUCAACGCUGGAGAUGUGAUGUCAGCUAUGGAGGAGAUGGAGUUUGAGCGUUUCUUGCAACCCUUGCGGGAAGCACUUGAAGCGUACAAGAAAGGUCAGAAAGGCAAGAAAGAGGCAUCUGAGCAAAAACGAAAGGACAAGGAUAAGAAGAACGACACAGAUGAUAAUGACAAGAGUAGAGAUGAAGAGGAAGAUGAGCACAUGGAUGAUGAACAAGAGGGAGAGAAUGAAGAAGAGGAUGUUGAAAAUUGAAAAGCAUGAUUAGUUUAUUUGGUGAGUCUGUCCUGGUUUCUAUUAACUAUUGCAAAUGAUGGUAGCUAGUGUCCACUUUAGUAGAGGGAAAGGUGAUGUGGUCUGGACAAACCUAUGGUACAUAAUAUGCUUCUCUUUGUGAUUUGAACAUCUGUGGCAACCGUCCUGCUGAGAGCUCCUUUGAACCCAGCAGGGUGUCUUUCAAGAGAAGUUGCACAUUAUUUGAAUACAGGUUAUUUAGUUACAACAGUAGUGUCCAUAGUAUUUUAAUUGAAUAAACACUGUUACUGGAGGCAAGAAAUGGAAAAAUGUGUUGGAUAUUAAGGAUUUGGGAUAAGAAAUAAAAUAGGAGCAGCUGUACCUAUGAAAAAUCAUCUUAAGACCAGCAUUUGUAGCCAAGCUUAAAUACUUUUGUACACAAGUUUACAACUCUGGAAUAUUUGACAAAGCUGUUUUUUUUUUUCUAAAUAAAGUUUGAUAUCUUAUUUUCCCCCCUCAAUUUAUGCUCCUCACCCUGCCAAAUAUUUAUAUCUAAUAUGCAGUUCUUCUGGGUGUGUGAAAUUUGGGGGUUUGUCCCUUCCAAAAAUAGGUCUAGGACUAAAUUCUUUUCUUAGAAAUGAUGAAAUGAAGCUUUCAUUUUGUGAUUAAGAUUUUUUUUUUUGUCAGUCUGUGACUGUUUUAGGAGUUUAAGGCCUUGCAAGAGAUACACAACUCUUCAUGAACAUAAUUCUGGAAAUGGUCAACAUAAUUACCCUUUUCAAAUUUCCAGGUUUCUUAGAAGCAUUAAUCAUAGUUGGGUACACUUAUAUAGUGGUGAAUGGGAAAACCCAUUAAAUAUUUUGUAUUGCCAUUUG